UGGCUUACCUGUCCACUGUUAAGAAUGUGCUGGAUGGAGACGGUGGACUUUAUGGUCAGCAGACCAUCACAGGGGCACUAAGAGCAACAAAUACUCCUGCUCCAUUUGGUGAGUAUGGUGAUGUGGUUGGCUGGUGCGGAGUAACAGUCUCACCCCACUAUUUGGUUGACUGCCUCAUUCAGGAGUACCAUAGGCAGGAGAGCACACUCAAUCUGCUCCUCCAAGGCACGUUUGGACAAGCAUUAAGGGCUGACCAUACCCGCAAGGUGGCCCGGAAGGUUGUGCUUGCAUCAGGUACUAUGUCAUCCUACGCUGUGAUGAAUGAAAACUGGAUGAUCUUGUCCUGGGUGAUGCUGCAGUCUGAAAGUGAUAAAUCGCUGCAGCCAAUGUAUGAGGGGCUGUCUCGUCGGUACAUAUUUGCAGGACUGCCAAAAGCCAACUACCAAUGGGUUGACAGAGAUUGCUGUGCUGCCUUCAGGAUCCCAAACCCUGAGCCCCAGGAGCACCUCCUCUGGGAUUCUUGGAAGACCACUGAGGCUAUAGUGGCUGCGGCAACCUCUGGGCAUCUCAUCAACACCUGUGCCUCCCGCAAAGAAUAUAACAGUGACAUCAACAUCAAGCUGGACUUGUUCCAUUGCAUGCGGCGGUUCUCCAGAGAGUGUGUGUCAGAGCACCAUCCACUGCACAGUGCUUUCUGCAAGUUUCUGUCAGCAGCUUUUAGUGUUGUGGACCAGACGGACCUACAGAGACUGAAGCAGGCUUAUGUUUUCUGUGGGAUAGUGCCUGCAAAUCCAACAAAGCAGCACAUCAGGGAGCACUGCCGCACCAGGGUCCCACACCCCAAAGAGCUGCUGGAGAGAGUGGAGAGCGUUCUCCAAAGAUUCUUUUUAGAAUGCGAUCCUGAUGGUGUGCCAUUGUUCAAACCAUCGAUGUUGAAGGUGUGGAGGAUUCAGCGAGUCCACAUCCUCAGAGGCUGCCUUAGUGACCCAGAGGUUGCAGAGGGGAUGCUCUAUAGGUAUUGUGGAACCGUCCAGCUGAACCGUGUGAAGGUGUGA